AAGAAGAAGAACACAUGUUAUUUCACUUUCACUUCUGUGUUCAUGAAUACACCUACGAGAACAUGUUAUUGCAAAUAUGAUAACCACAAUUUUAAUUUCAUUCAUGCAGUUUUCCAUCAUAGCCCCUCAUUCUCUUCAUCGCCAUUGCAUCGCAACCCAAGGGACCUUGUAUCCGAAAAAUAUCCAGUUGGUAAUGAUAGAUGAUGUCAUUGUCUAUUACUACAACAGCAGUGCUGAACAAGAGGCCGUCGUGCCAGAAUGGUUGAACCACCCUGAGGGAAUUGAAUUUUGGCAGGAGGUUCAUCGAAAUCUGAAAUUUAAUCGAUAUGUAAUGGAUACUGCCGUGAGAGUAACAAGUGAACAUUACAAUCAUUCACAUGAUCACUUUUACCAAGCUCACGGACGCUGUGGAUGGAAGUCAGACGGAACCACAGAGGCCUUUAUGAGCCAUGCAUAUGAUGGCAAGGACUUUGUCAGCUUCGAUGUAUCGACCAGAACAUGGACAGCUGCAGUUUCCCAUGCUGUUUUUUACAAAAGAAAAAGGGAAACAGAUUUAGAAGAUCUUGUUAGGCUGGUCAUUCAUUACGAAUCUGGAUGCAUCCGGUGGCUGGAGAAACUGUUAGAGUUUAGCGUUACAGUUCGAGAACCCAAAGUCCCUGCGGUGAGUCUGUUUGAGAGACCGCCUCAUGGCAACUCCGAGGUGGAGGUCACAUGUCAUGUGACAGGGUUCUACCCUCGGGCGGUGCAGGUGGAAUGGCUGGGGGCAGAGGGGCAUCCCAUGGUAGACGGGGUGAACAGUGGGGAGGUGCUGCCCAACGGAGACGGUUCAUACCAGCUAAGGAAGAGCCUGACUGUCCCACAGGAAGCCCAGGACACCCAGAGCUACAGCUGCCUGGUGCUCCACAGCAGUAUAGCUGGGAACAUCACAGUAACCUGGGUGCCAAAGAAGAACCUGGCCAAUGUGCUCAUGGCUAUAGUCAUCAUUGUAUCUGUAGUCUUGAUACUCACUGUCCUUUUCAAGUAUUUAGUAUGGAGGAGAGCAGUAGGUACUGCAGGGUACAGGACAACCUCACCGCAUCAAAGGGACGAUGGACGGGGGCCAUUUACCGUCAAAUCUUGGGUGUCAUUUAUCUGCUCUCUGGUGGAGUACCAGCACCUGACCUUCAACUGCUGGUAUGUGUACCCAGGAUGGGUGUAUUGUUCUGGGCUGGCUGUUGGCCCUCUCCUCCAUCGUCCUGGUCCCCGUGGGGGCCCUGCUACAGAUCUGCACCGGGACAGGCCGUCUUAGAGCAUUUCCUCCACCUGUGUCGGCUGGACCAUGACCUCCGGUUGACCCGGGAAUAGAAAGACUAAGCCGGAGCACAUGACCUCUGGAGCAGAGAUGGAGGUACUCAUGACCGCAGCAGGGGAGACCACAGACAAAUGAACUGACACACACCUAGAAAAGCUUCUGUGUCAAAGUUCUUUGUGUACUGAUCAUUUAUCUUAACACAACACCUAGCUGGACUCUUCUAUCCUUACCAACAUGUUGAGAGAAUACCAUUGAUAAUGAACAAUGGCGCAUUUUUCAAUACAGUGUCAUCAUGUUCCAUAUUUGAACAGUGUGUCACCACAAUACAUUUGAAAGAACAUCGCCCAAGCACAGAGCGAGCAACCUAGAGACAAUGCAGAUUGUCAUUGUACUAAACAAAACACAAUGUUCUUUCAACUGUCCCGGCUCAAGGCUUAACAUGGGUUACUGGCAGCUCAUGACGUCACUCCAGUUUACAUGGUAGCAGUUGUAGUCACUACUAAAAGGUCAUCUCAUUCUGUCAGUUUCUUAUUAUGAAAGACCAUUUUUGGCCAAUCUAAAACAACUCUUUAACUAAUAGUAUUUUUGUUACGUAAAUUUGUGCUUUGCCUCAAUUACAUUUUAAUAAUACUUAUUAGACAUCAGAAACAUUGGUGAAUUCCCCACAAAAUGAUGCUUACCUAAAAACACAAAUUAAAGUAGAUAAAAAAAUAAACUGUCUUUAUGUAAGAUAUGUGUGUACUGGAAUUCCCUUGGAUGAGACUCAAGAAGCAAACACAUCCACACCUGCUGUUGUCAAUACUAAAACAAACAAAUGUUAAUACAUAAUUCCCUGGUAGGAUCUCCAAGAUCCUGAAUGAGAUAGCCUUUUUAACCAUACGAUACGGUUAUACACAGAGUGUACAGCACAUUAGGAAUAUUUAGUUCCACCCCCUUGUGCCUUCAGAACAGCCUCAAUUCAUCAGGGCAUGGACUCUACAAGGAGUGGAAAGUGUUCCACAGAGAUGCUGGCCCAUGUCGACUCCAAUGUAUCACACAGUUGUGUCAAGUUGGCUGGAUGUCCUUUGGUUGGUGAACCAUUCUUGAUACACAUGGGAAACUGUUGAGUGUGAAAAACCCAGCAGCGUUGCAGUUCUUGACACACUCAAACCAGUGCGCCUGACACCUACUACCAUAGCCUGUUGUUCAAAGGCACUUAAAUAUUCAAAAGGGACAAAAAAUCCUUCUUUAAUCGGUGUUCUCCCCUUCAUCUACACUAACUGAUUGAGGUGUAUUUAACAGAUGACAUAAAUAAGGGAUCAUAACUUUGACCUGAAUUUACCUGGUCAGUCUGUUUUAUAUAUGGCAAAUACAAAAAGAAUGUACAUUGUCAGUAUAAUUUCUCUAUACGUAGUGAAGUUCAUCCAAAAGCACGUCUUGAUAUUCAGCUCACUAAAAGGUAAGCUGAAGCUGAGUUCUUAUGGCAGGCAAUGAGUAGUACUCAGACGCUGUGCAGAAAUACACAGUGUGGCAUAGUGCCGUCCUGUCGACAUUGUCUCACGCGUCAUUAAACCUUCAACCUCUUCCCCUCAGCCACUCUAGGAAUUUCGUUGGAGCUGUGAAGUGAAGUGACUGUUAGAGGGUUACAAACUGGCCGGGUGCCCUGCCU